UCUGCUCCUUGUAGGUUGCAAUUUAGUUAGUGGCCACAGAAUUGUUGGAAAUGGGUAGAAGGCCGUGCUGUGUAGAAGAGGGGCUGAAUAGAGGAUCAUGGUCUGCUAUCGAAGAUAUGAUACUCACUAGCUACAUUAAUCUCCAUGGAGAAGGGAAAUGGAGAGAGCUCCCUAAGAGAGCAGGUUUGAAACGUUGCGGAAAGAGUUGCAGGCUCCGAUGGUUGAAUUAUUUGAGGCCAGAUAUCAAGAGAGGAAAUAUUUCCAAGGAUGAAGAGGAUCUCAUCAUCAAGCUUCAUAGGCUUCUUGGUAACAGAUGGUCCCUCAUAGCCGGAAGGCUACCUGGACGAACGGAUAACGAAAUAAAAAACUACUGGAACACCAAACUGAGCAAAAAAAUUCAAGGCCAGACGCCAAAGAUACGGAUUAACGGAUCUGUAGAGAAGAAGGCUGCAAGCGAAUCCUUCGUUAGCUCAGAAACUCCUCCUGUAAUCAAACGAAAGCCUCGAGAUGCACUAGGGUUUUUCUCCCACGGCAAGAAGGAAACGAGAUAACGAAGAAGAAUGGAGAGUCUUCUCGGGACUGCAGCAGGCCAUCCUCUUCAUUCCAACAAGUGGAUGAUGAUUCUUUGGAUAUGCUGGUGGGUUUUGACAUGAACGAGCUGCUUUUCAUGUCGGAUGAUCUGAACUCCAAUUGCUUACAGAUUUGUAGCGAUGGGAUUCGGGGAAGCAGUAAUUUGGUCACUGGAGAGGAUGGUUGGAAUAACUCUUCUUGGUGUUCAGAUGAUCCCUUCUCAACUGGUACUGAUGUAAUGCUUCAGGGUGGUUCUGGUAAUGAAGCAAUACUUGAAAAUUGCAGUAUUGAUACUCUUCAACCUGAUGAAGCUUUGGAGCUCAAGAUGCUGGCUUCUUUUCUCAGCUGAUUGCAUCGAUAGAGCACUAAUAUCUUCCUACGUACAAAACUGGAAAUAAAUUUCUCGGAACUGAACUCUAUUAGGCUGUGUUUUGCUUGAUAGAAAAUAAGAUAAACUGAAAGUUGAGCUGAUGAGGGAAUGUUCUUAAACAAAACUUCAUCUCAACUUUCUGUUUCUCUCCUAUUUUAGUCUUAACUAGUCUGUCGUUUUAUUUCUUUCCGGCAAGAUAAAAGCUGUUCUUGUCGGCAUGGAAAGUCCCUAGUGUUGUCUUCUAAAAUGAACCCUAAAAAUUUCAGCAAGAGAUUUCAUUCGUUGAGUUGUUCAAUGUAAUUCUUAACUUCUUUUUUCAUAAACUCUUCAAUUGAAUC